AUGGAAGCAAGUGAAAAGUUAACCAUACAGGCCCUGAAGGCGCACGACAAAGUCCAUCCAAAAUUUAAGUCUGCUGGCCGAAAUCUGAAACAAAAGAGCAGGGCUUCUCUCUUAUCCUCUCCUGAAGAUCCAAAUGAUGUAAAAAAUAAACAGGAUGAAGGGAGCAACAGUCGUAGAAGUAGGACCCUGUCCACCAGCUCCCAGUCUAAGAAGUCUGAGCCCCCGGCUCCAAGGCGCUCCGGUAUUACCUUCUUCCGUAUAGUCGCCGCUACACGCGCAUGGCAACGUCUUGCUAAGAAGAAGAGUAGCCAAGCGGCUGCUUCCAGCAAACCCCAAGUUCGUCUGGAAAACACGUACAAGUUGGAACCGGAGGACAGUAAAAUAUUUAUACCUAAAAACGCUGAAAAAAUCAUUCAGGAAAUAUUUGAUUCCAGACUGCAACUAGUAAAAUACGAUUCUGUACGAAGUAAACUCCUUGCAAAAGAUCUGGCAACGGUCAUAAACAAGAAAAUCAAAGACUUGGAAAUUCCUCGUUACAAGACUGUAAGUUCUGUGACAAUUGUUGAAAACAAAGGUCAAGGACUCAAAGUCGCCACACGGUGUAUCUGGAAUACCGCCACAGACAAUUAUGCCACAUACACCUAUACCAACCAAUCACUGAUCGCGAUCGGUCACGUGCACGCUGUAUAUUUUGAAUGA